GGCGCAAAGUUAUAGCGGCUGACUCAGCGUGGCGGAAGAUGGCAUUGCUGCAAAGACUAUGGCUUGGUGGGAAGGUGACACUGACGAAUUCUUGUGUGAAAAAUGUCUUUACAAAAACACCAAAAAUAAGCUUUUCCUCUCAAGUUAAAGGUUCUUCUAAGUACAUACCCCGCCGAGCUGUGCUUUACAUACCUGGAAAUGAUGAAAGAAAAAUUCAAAAAAUCCCCAGUCUCAAUGUUGACUGUGCUGUACUAGACUGUGAAGAUGGGGUAGCCAUCAACAAAAAAGUUGAAGCAAGAACAACAAUAGUGAAAACACUUGAAGAGCUUGACCUUGGCAGUACAGAGAAAUGCGUUAGGAUCAACUCUGUCUCUAGUGGCCUUGCAGAAGCUGAUCUAGAGGUCAUACUGCAGUCAAGAGUCUUGCCAUCUUGUAUUAUGUUGCCAAAAGUUGAAUCUUCAGAAGAAGUGGCAUGGUUUGCAGAUAAGUUUCUACAGUGUUUGAAAGGCAGGGAGCUGGAGCAGCCAAUGCAUUUGAUUAUUUUUGUGGAAACAGCUGUGGGAUUACUGAACUUCAAGGGUGUUUGUGAAGAAGCUUUGCAAAGGGGACCUAAAGUUGGUUUACACUUGGAUGGUGUGGUCUUUGGAGCAGAAGAUUUCCGUGCAAGCAUAGGUUCCACAAGUAGCAAAGAAACAUAUGACCUGCUUUAUGCCAGGCAAAAGAUUGUUGUUGUGGCCAAAGCUUUUGGACUGCAAGCAAUCGAUCUUGUGUACAUUGACUACAGGGAUGGAGAUGGACUUAAGCGACAGUCACAGGAAGGAGCCAUGAUGGGAUUCACUGGUAAGCAGGUGAUUCACCCGAGUCAGGUUCCUAUUGUCCAGGAGCAGUUUACUCCGAGCGCUGACAAAAUAAAAUGGGCCCACGAAUUGAUUUCUGCUUUUCAAGAGCACCAAAGAUUAGGAAAGGGUGCAUUCACUUUCCAUGGCAGUAUGAUAGACAUGCCCUUGCUUAAGCAGGCCCAGAACAUUGUUACGCUUGCCAGAGCCAUCACAAGGAAUCAUCUGCUAAAUGAAGCUCCUGCCAGGUGGGCCCAGAUUGCACCAUGCAAAGAGAAAGAGCAGCGGGAGCAACAAACACCAAGCCACCAGGCAAAGCAUCGUGUUAGUAUAUAAACCUGUUUACAAUAAAUGGGCAGGCCUGUGUUUAACUUGCUUGCUCUC